AUGAUUAAUUUAGGCGAUUCCGAGGGAACGGUCCCGCCGUUAUUUGUCUACAUUAUGUAUUUCAUUCACGCACUACCGUUCACCAAUUCAGCCAUUAAUUGGAUACUCUACGGGGCGUUGAACGGCCAAUUGCAGCAGCGAUGUCGACGCACGCGGUCUAUGAAGAGCACAGCUCCAUCAAGGCUGGCAGCGCCAAGUACCAUGAAGUUGACGCCGACGAUGAACGGCUCGGCGACGGCCCUCAAUCCGCCAACGGAAGGACUUCAUAGCACCAGUGAAAAUUCUGAAAUGGUUGACGUCCGACUGCUGACCGUUCAUGAGCCCACUCAUCUCUAG